AUGCUGCUCUCUGCCCUUCUCAUUGGGUCGCUCCUUUCAACAGCGGCGAAUGCAUCUAGCAGUGUCCGUGGCAUGGCUCCAGCUCUCGACCGCCGCUACUUAGCAACAUACCAAUCCAUCUUCAGCAACGGAUCCAAUCCUGGCUCGCCAGAUCGACCGCCCAGCUGCCCACCAUGUCCAGCACCCGACUGCUUCAACUGCCAGCUUCCAGCAUACGAAUGCUACCAGUACGGCGAAUGCAACCAGUACGACGGUCUCUGCAGCUGUCCUGUCGGAUUCGGUGGACCUGACUGUCUCUCUCCUCUCUGCGGUUCUCCUGCGGAUGGCUCGAAGCGAUUCCCCAAGGGCGAACCAGGCGAUGACAAGUCGUGCCAGUGCUCCGAGGGCUGGGAGUCUCUCAACUGCAACGUCUGCAACAAGGACGCUGCCUGUGCCAACUUCCUGAUGGGUGGCGAGCGUCUCGGCGAGAAUGGCACCUGCUACGACGGCGGCGCCACUAUCCAACAGAGCUUUCAACAGUGCGACGUGACUAACCAGAAGAUCGUCGACAUGCUACCCGGCCGUCCACCUCAAGUCACCUUCAGUUGUGACAAGAGCGAUGCUAGCUGCAAUUUUCAGUUCUGGAUCGGAGGUCGCGAGUCUUUCUACUGUGGGCUAGACGACUGUCAAGAGACAGUCGAGAUCGGCAAGGCGUCCAACCGCACCUCGUACGACUGCAAGAAGGUCAGCUGCAAGUGCAUUCCGGAUCGUAUGCUCUGCGGCGAGUCGGGGAGUGUCGACAUCUCGGAGUUCUUGACGGAAGAGAUCAAGGGCCCAGGAAAGAUGUCUUGCAAGACCGAUGCGGACGGGGCGAGGAAAUGUCGCUUCGAGGAGCCUGGCAUGAACCAGCUGAUUUCGGACGUCUUUGGUGACGAAGCCAUCUUCAUCACUUGCAAGUCGGGAGAGUGCAUCCACUACAGUCAGGUGCCGGGCUAUCAAGUGCCCAUCACACCCGACAAGCCAGUCUUGUGGGUGGCCAUCAGCGCCAUUACCGCCAUCUUGCUGGUGAUUAUCUCUGUCAGUGUGCUGUGGCUGCUCGGACGACAUUACAAAGACGACGAGGUACGGCUCGGCAACGUCAGGCUACCGGAAGAGGAAGCCGACCUGAUGAAGGAUCAUAUUCCUGCGGCGCUUCACUGGGAGAACGUCGGCUACCGCAUCGGUUCCAAGGCCUUGCUCGACGGCAUCACGGGCUCCGUCAAGCAAGGCGAGGUCAUGGCCAUCGUCGGCGCUAGUGGUGCGGGUAAGACGACCUUCCUCGAUAUUCUCGCACGCCGCGAGAAGCGUGGCACCACCUCUGGUACGGUCCUGAUCAACGGCAGAAAGAUGUCGAAUCAGGAGUACAAGCGCGUCGUCGGCUUUGUCGACCAAGAGGACCUACUCAUGGAGACGCUGACCGUCUACGAGACGGUCCUCUACUCCGCGCUACUCCGUCUGCCAAGAGACAUGUCGCUCGAAGCCAAAAAGUUCCGCACCCUCGAGACCAUGCAAGAGCUCGGCAUCCUCGGCAUCAGGGACAGCCGCAUCGGCGGUUCGGCCUUCACUGCAGGCGGAAGCAAGGAAGGCCGCGGCAUCAGUGGUGGUGAAAAGCGCCGUGUGUCGAUCGCCUGCGAGCUGGUCACCAGUCCAAGCAUCCUCUUCUGCGACGAGCCCACCUCGGGCUUGGAUGCGUACAAUGCCUUCAAUGUGGUUCAGUCACUCGUGACGCUCGCCAAGACCUACAAGCGUACCGUCAUCUUCUCCAUCCACCAGCCGCGAUCCAAUAUCGUAGCGCUUUUCGACAAACUGUUGUUGCUGGCAGAAGGCCGAGUGGUCUACUCCGGUCCCUUCAACCGCUGCAGCGACUACUUUGAUCAGGUCGGCCAUCCUUGCCCACCUGGGUUCAACAUCGCCGACUUUUUGAUCGAUCUCACUGCUCGUCGAGCAUAUACGGCGGGGGACAACACGGAGGACGAUGUCGAAGGAGGACAUUCACGCAACGACACCAGCAUCGUCACGACUGGCACCAACUCCAGAGACGAAUCUACCGAAUUGCGAACAAGGCCCAACUCGAUAGUGGGAGACGGUCUAUCGCGUGGCAGUCUGCGCAAGAAGACGAGUCGUAUCGCCGAUGGCUUGCGCAACGCUUUCGCCAACGGGCAGUCCAACGGCGGUGACGUCUGGAUGCCAGCGCUCAGCAGCGGCAAACUCGUCCACCUGGUCAACUCAUUCGCCGAAUCCGACAUUUCGAACGAAACGAAGAAGGAGCUGGAUGCCUUCCUCGGCCGUGCGGAAGGUGGCGUCAUCAACGACCUCCCCGACCUGGCCAACGAGAGCUCGCUCCUGCGCUCCUACAAGAAAGCCGGUUUGUGGACGCAGUUCAAGAUCCUCUCCGGCCGAGCCUUCAAGAACCUCUACCGAGACCCGAUCCUGAUGUUCGCGCACUUCGGCCUCGCCAUUGUCCUCGCCCUCUUCUGCGGUGUCCUCUACCACGGCGUCACCAACGACAUAUCUGGUUUCCAGAAUCGUCUCGGACUCUUCUUUUUCAUCCUCUCGCUGUUCGGUUUCUCGUGCCUCACCUCUCUAGGUGUGUUCGCCAACGAACGUGCGUUGUUCGUACGCGAGCGCAGCAACGGCUAUUACAGUCCCUUGACGUAUUUCACGUCCAAGCUGCUGUUCGACAUCCUGCCGUUGCGGGUGGUGCCGCCGUUUCUAUUCGGUGGAUGCGUCUACUUCCUCGUUGGGCUGGUCCCCGGUGUGGCCGAGUUUUGGAAGUUCAUCCUCACCCUCGUCCUUUUCUCGCUCUCUGCCUCCUCGGCGGUGUUCUUCAUCUCCAUCGCGGUCGAAGACACCGGCCUUGCGAACCUAGUGGGAUCACUAACAAUGUUGUUCUCGCUCCUCUUCGCCGGACUGCUCAUCAACCGCGAUCGCAUCCCUUGGUACCUGCGCUGGCUCCAACAUCUGUCCUUCUUCCACGCCGCCUACGAAGCCCUCAUCGUCAACGAACUCCGCAACUUGAGUCUGAAGGAACACAAGUACGGCAUCGACAUCGAGGUCCCCGCUGCCAGCAUCAUUAGCAGCUUCGGAUUCAACAGUCAGGCGUUCUGGUUGCCGGACAUUGUCACGCUCGCAGCGCUGUUCGUGGCGUUUACCGCGGCGAGCUUGGUUUGGUUGGUGCUGUUUGUUCGGGAGAGAAAGUGA